UGAAUCGUUUUAUAACUCUUUUCCUCUACGUCUCCCAUAUUUACUCCGUCAAUCAAUGGCAGACCACGUUCGCUACACCUCCUCCAUUCCACCUUAUAUAUAUAUAUAUAUAUUAUCUUAAGAGGAACCCAACGGCCCUCAUUCUCUCAACAAUUCUUGCUCCAAUAAAACUGUAUUUCACCUUCUCGAAAAUGAUUUCGUCCGCUGGUCCAGUUGACAAAGCCGUUAAAAAAAUGGCGAGUUCAUGGGAAUCAACUUCUCUUCCUUGAUGACAGGAAUUCAGAGAUCCACGGCUUCAUCCCCGCUGGUCGUAGAUAUCAUUAAGGUUCAGUUCAUCAAUGUGUGGAACUGCGUUAUGAGAUAACUGUGAAUAAUUAACAAAGUAUUCACAUAAAAUUCAUAUAUGUAUUUUUUUUUUUUUCUCCUUUAUGUGUUUGUAUAUAAAUCCAUCUGAGAAGGAAGAUCUGGAGGCAUGACUCAGCAAGGAGAAUAUAUAAGCUCUGAAAGAAGAGUUAACAGAGAUUAUACAAGGAACUUCAGUCUGCGGAGUCAACUUGCAGCGGAACAGUCGAGGUGUUUCAAAUUAGAGGUUGCAGAGGUAAGACAAAAGAUUAAGACAAUGGAAACACUUGAAAAUAAACUGGAACUCCUCCACCGUCAGAGAGCCGUUGCGUCUGAACAAGCCGCCGCCAAUAUGAAUGGCAAAAGACAAAGCUCUGGGGAUGGCUUGCUGGAACUCUUCCGCCAAAAGCAUGAAUCCCCCAUGAAGGUGAGUGCAAGUGGACAAAGCUACUCAAGAACUGAAGAGAUCAACAAUGCCUUUACCAAUGAAGUCUCAUGGGACCGAUCUUCCACGUCUUCUACUCAAGCACCAACACAUAGACCAAGUAAAAGAACAUAUGGUGCGAUCUAAACCGUUAAUUUCCUUUGCUUAAGGUUCUGUCUCAGUCAAUGGUAUGGCUUGCAGUUGAACUGUGGUAUUCAGGUUUUACUUUUUUUUUUUGUUAUUACAUUCAUGUUUAGUUUCUAGAAUGAGGGGGAAAACAAAACUGUGAAAGAGACAAAAGAGCAAGAGCGUGUUCACAAGUCAAUAAAGAUUGACACUUGCAAGAAAUUUUAUUUUUUUCAAAGAGUA